AGAGAGUUCAAGGUGCCCCACAAAUGAUCCAGCUGAGCCUGGACGGAAAACGGCUGUACGUCAGCACCUCUCUCUACAGCGGAUGGGAUAAGCAGUUCUACCCAGACAUGGUCAAGGAAGGCUCCGUCAUGUUGCAAAUCGAUGUGGAUAGCAAGAAAGGAGGCUUAAAAGUGAACGAAAAGUUCUUAGUGGAUUUCGGGAAAGAGCCAAAUGGUCCAGCGCUGGCCCACGAGAUCCGCUAUCCGGGCGGCGACACCACUUCCGAUAUCUGGAUCUAACGAUCUCCCCGGCUUCGAGCUGUCACGCUAAUAAGUUUUUUUCCUUGAGAUGCUACUUCUUCCUCGCCUGCUUCUGUGUGCGGUUCCCUCUAGAUGGGAUAUUCCUUGUUCUGCCACAAGAGGUCGCUCACACCCCCUGCAUCCUCUUUGCUGUGACCAUGUCUCAACCCCAGGACUUUUGAUACAGGAUUUUAAGCAUCUCCCGUGUUCCCAGUUUUGCCCCGCUUUCACUGUUGUGUAACCAGGGAAUUGCACGUUUUUACCCAGAAGAAAAUAUUUUAGACAAUAAUUGUUCCCACAAUUUUCUCAGGGAAGGCACGAGAGCACAAAGCCCAUGUUUUUCUAUCCUGAGACUCCUGUAGCCGGGGCGCCCCUCGAAAUGCUAUGGGAUUAAAUUAACAAAGCAACUGAUCUGAUCGCUUGUGUGCAGACAGUCCUCGACUUACAACCAUGACCAGCAUUUUCAUGGCUAAGCAAGGAAAUUGUGAAGUGAGCCCUUUUUUCAUCAUGGCAGCUGAGCGAAAUCACUGCAGUUAUUCAAGUCAAUCACGAGCUGAGUCCGGCGUCCCGCACUGCUUGUUGGAAGGUCGCAAAUAUCGAUCGCAUGACCCAGGAAGCUGCGACCGAUCGGAGUAAUACAAACUCAUUUCGUGGUUUUUUUGGGCAAAUGUCAAAUCUUUUUAAUUAUGGAACCCAGGGUUGUUUGUGACUUAAUGAGCAAUGGAGCCAUUCUUGGAACAUCUUAGCAUUCCCUCUAGCAUAAUGCUUCAGAAAUAGAAUAAUAUGUUUCUUUAUCUUUGCUACUCACGGUUCUUUUUUUAAAAAAAAAAUAAAUAAUUUUUCAAAGGG